AUGGGGCACGCACCAGAGGAGGAGUCGAGGGUGUCCCUGAGACGGAUUUUCUGCUGUUACUCUAAGCUACUGCCUCUUGGGAACCUUCAGUCGCUCUCUUUUAAAAAUCUCUCUCUCUCUCUCUCUUUUUUUAUUGUAGGGGGUAUAACAUGUAUUCUUUCACUAAUCUGUGCCUUGGUUCUCGCUUACUUGGAUCAGAGAGCAGAGAGAAUCCUUCAUAAAGCACAAGGAAAAACAGGUGAAGUUAUUAAGGUAACUGAUGUGAAGGACUUCUCCUUACCCCUCUGGCUGAUAUUUAUCAUCUGUGUUUGCUAUUAUGUGGCAGUGUUCCCUUUUAUUGGACUUGGGAAAGUUUUCUUUACAGAAAAAUUUGGAUUUUCUUCCCAGGCAGCAAGUGCUAUUAACAGUAUUGUAUAUGUCAUAUCAGCUCCCAUGUCCCCAAUAUUUGGGAUCCUGGUGGAUAAAACAGGAAAGAACAUCAUCUGGGUUCUGUGUGCCGUGGUGACCACUCUCGCUGCCCACAUCAUGCUGGCCUUCACGCUGUGGAACCCUUGGAUUGCUAUGUGUCUCCUGGGACUCUCUUAUUCGUUGCUUGCUUGUGCAUUGUGGCCGAUGGUGGCAUUUGUAGUUCCUGAACACCAGCUGGGAACUGCAUAUGGCUUCAUGCAGUCCAUUCAGAAUCUUGGGCUGGCAAUCAUUUCCAUCAUUGCUGGCAUGAUAUUGGAUACUCGGGGAUAUUUGUUUUUAGAAGUUUUCUUCAUUGCUUGUGUUUCUUUGUCACUUUUAUCUGUGGUCUUACUCUAUGUGGUGAAUCGUGCCCGACGGGGGAACCUAAAUUAUUCUGCAAGACAAAGGGAAGAAAUAAAACUUUCUCAUGCUGAGUAAGUACUGAAAGAGAAAAAUUCUCUCCUUUUGCAAAUCUGAAACAUUAGCAUUUUAUUUCCAAGUAUCAGGUUUGGGCUCUUAAGAAACUAGUCGUCUUGAGAUUCGAGAGCUAGCGAUUAUCUGGGAACUACUACAACAAAAUUCUUGUUUAUAGAAAAUUUAAAUAGGGUAGAUAUCAAGGGUUAAAGUGAAGGGGGAAAAAUAACUGGGUUUUAAAUUGCUUUUUGAGAGAAAGGGAGACCUGUAGUAUUUGUAAUUUAUUAGAGGAAAGGUCUUUGUCCUAAGCUUAUGUUCUGGGCUUACCCUUCCAUUGUCUUAUCUUUUGUUUUUCUUAACUAUUUGAGAUAACUUUUCAUCUUCUCCCGCUACUAAUAUUCUGUUCUCUGACUCGGAACAAAUUAAGUAU